UGUCACUGCUGCUGUACGAUGCUGGGAGGCUUGGGCAAGCUGGCGGCUGAGGGCCUGGCCCACCGCACUGAGAAAGCAACUGAAGGAGCAGUUCAUGCCGUGGAGGAGGUGGUGAAGGAGGUGGUGGACCACGCCAAGGAGGUUGGAGAGAAGGCCCUUACCGAUGCCCUAAAGAAAGCCCAAGAAUCAGGGGACAGAGUGGUGAAGGAGGUGACGGAGAAGGUGACCCACACUGUCACCGAUGCUGUUACCCAUGCUGCAGAAGGCUUGGGUAGACUGGGACAGUGAGCCACCACCUGCCUGGCCCUUCCUGAAUGUCAAUAAAAAGUCUGGAAUGUGAACAGAGUCCUGCAUUUACUCCCCUUUGGAUGGAAACCCCA